AUGGGCUGGCGAGAUGACUUCCAACGCUGCAAAGAUGCGGAUCAGAGGAAGAUCGAGCUUGAAGCGCAAGAUGCAGACGUGAUAGGAAAGCUAUUAAGACAAGAAAGGGAAGUUGUAUCUCUAGUAACAAGCAUAGCACAGUCUCGGCGUCACCUUGCUUCGUGCGAGCAAGAGGUGGACAAGCUACGAGCGGAGCACGAUCAGUUCUCAACGCAGAUCGCCGCCCUCGAGAGCACAAUCGAGGACAUCAUGUCAGCUGGCAAGGACAAGAGCCCGAACAAGCCGACGGAGGCCACCUCUGCUCACGAAGGGCCAUCGCUGCCUGCACCCCGAUCAGUCCCUUUGUCGAGACUGUUCACACCCACUCCACCGCCACAAGCACUUCCUCUCACCAAAUCACCAGAGUCCGACCCCAGCUACCACUCCCCGGUAGCUCCAGUAGCCCAAAUGCUCGCACCUUUGCCCCGUCUCGACGGCGACGAUGACCACAUGCCCGGCUUCCCCACCGUAGUCCUCAUCGAUGGCCGCUGGGUAGAAAUUGUGUGCGCUGGUUGCGAAGGCAAUGUGACUCGAUCUGCCAAUGGUGGCCACCCCUUUUACGUGGGCAAGAAAGGCAUUCGAGGACACUUCUACAAAUGCUCGAAGGCUGACCUCGGUGCCUCGCCGUGGAAGGUUUGGCGCGUGUUCGAUCUGGACGAUGUCAAGCGAAUGGAGCUGUUUAGGGAGCAGCCGAAGGAGCCGAUUGUGAAGGUCGAAGUAGCUAGGACGCACAGACCGCCGACCUUUGGAAACGGCAGCGGUAAGAGGCGCUCUUGA